CCCUUGUUCCUUUGCCUUUGGCAUAGCACCUCACUCGCUACCUAUUGCCAUCGGCAUGUGGCCCUUCUCAUCGUCAGCUCCGAAGCAGGAGGAAACCGAGCCCGCUUCUGCCUGCCCAGUAGAUCAUACCACUCGCCAAAGAUGGCUAGAGCAGCAGCAGCAGCAGCAGCAGCCACAACAGGGCGGCCCUUCCUCCUCUCGCCCACCACCUGCUCACCCUGUGCCCUCCUCCUCGUACGCUCGCCGACUCUCUGAGGAGCGUGAGAUCUCGACAAUACCGCGUCACUUUGCCCAAACGUCGGCCAGCCAGGGCUCUGGGUCCGAUGCGGCUUCGUCCUCCUCGACAAGUCAGGACCCCUCAUCGAACCCGAACUGGGUGUACCCCUCUCAGGCCCAGUUUCACGCAGCCCUACAGCGGAAAGGUCGCUCUACUCACCAGGCGUCGGACAUGGGCGUGGUGGUCCCUAUCCAUAAUGCGGUCAACGAAAAGGCGUGGAAGGAGAUUCUGGCGUGGGAAAGAGGAACAGAGGAGGGCAUGGAGAGUUGGAAGAAGUGUGGCGGUCCGAAGCUGGUGAGCUUCAAAGGCAAGCCGACGGAGAGGACGUGGAAGGCCUGGUGGCGGAUCCUGAUAGGCUACCAAGCGCCCUUUGAUCGGCACGACUGGCUGAUAGACCGGUGUGGACAUCGGAUGCGCUACAUCAUCGACUUCUAUGCCGGCAAGGCCGCCUCUUCCAAAUCGGAGUCGGCCAAUCCCUUCUAUGUGGGCGCUUCGGGCCAACCGCAGAUGAGCUUUUACCUGGACGUGCGGCCUGCUCCGGAUACAAUGGAGGGCAUUGGCAUGAGGCUACGUAGGUGGGGCAGAGAGAUCUUGUGGACGGGGACAGAGGAGGCAACGGACGGCACGCAGCCGCUCGCUUCAAAGUAA